AUGUUUAAGAAUAAUUCUGUCAAGAGUUUGGCACCUGAAAAGGAAGACCCCUCAGCCUUUUCCCCAACUGAGCACAAAAUUGUUGCUGCGUAUUUGAUCACAGCAGGUGUGAUCAGUAUUGCCAGCAACAUCAUUGUGCUAGGCAUCUUUGUCAAAUACAAGGCUCUUCGGACAGCAACAAAUACAAUUAUCAUAAAUCUGGCUGUCACAGAUAUAGGGGUUAGCAGCAUUGGCUAUCCCAUGUCUGCUGCUUCAGACCUCCAUGGCAGUUGGAAAUUCGGAUAUGCUGGAUGUCAGAUUUAUGCUGGUUUAAAUAUCUUUUUUGGAAUGGCAAGUAUUGGAUUACUCACUGCUGUGGCCAUUGAUCGGUACCUGACCAUCUGUCAACCUGACCUUGGAGGAAGAAUGACUUCCUGUAAUUACACCCUAAUGAUUCUGACUGCCUGGGUGAAUGGCUUUUUUUGGGCCUUGAUGCCGAUCGUAGGUUGGGCUGGUUAUGCCCCGGAUCCGACUGGGGCUACAUGUACUAUAAACUGGCGGAAAAACGAUGCAUCUUUUGUUUCUUACACAAUGACUGUUAUUGCUAUAAAUUUUGCCAUGCCCUUAGGGGUUAUGUUUUACUGUUAUUACAAUGUUUCUCAAAAGAUGAAACAAUAUACUCCUAGCAACUGUCCCGAUCACAUAAACAGAGACUGGCCAAACCAAGUUGCUGUAACAAAGAUGUCUGUGGUCAUGAUUUUAAUGUUCCUGCUUGCUUGGUCACCUUAUUCUAUUGUGUGUUUAUGGGCUUCUUUUGGGGACCCAAAGGAGAUUCCCCCAGCAAUGGCCAUCGUCGCCCCUCUCUUUGCGAAAUCUUCCACGUUCUACAAUCCCUGUAUAUACGUGGUUGCCAACAAAAAGUUCCGGAGGGCAAUGUCUGCAAUGAUCCGCUGUCAGACUCACCAAUCGAUGCCUGUUUCCAAUGCAUUGCCAAUGAACUAAGUGGAGACCUAUCAGCUUUUGAGUUAUGAAAGGAAAAACAACCAACCUGCUUCAUUUUCUCUCUUUGGUGUUAUUUAACUUUGAUCUUAUCUAAUAUUCCUAU